AUGUUCACGACCAGCAUCAGCGACGAGGACCUCGACUACAUGCUCGCUUGCAGCCCGGUUCUGGAGAAGCUCGCGUUCGUGCUCAGCUAUACACCCGAUUUCAUCCAUCUACGGAGCAGAAGCCUCCGGUGCGUGCUCCUCUGGAUCUUCAUGGCAGACGAGGUUGCCGUGGUGGAUGCCCCGCUCCUGGAGCGGCUCUUCUUGCUGGAAGCGCCCCGUGGAGGACAUGCUGAGAGUACUAUGAUGAUCAAGAUUGCUCAUGCGCCCAACCUGCAGGUGCUCGGCUUCUUGGAGCCAGGAUUUCACCGGCUGCAGAUCGGCGACAAUGUCAUUGAGCCUGGCACAAAGCGGAGCCCAAGCACAGUGCUUCCAAGCAUCAAGAUAUUGGCAUUUAAAGUUAAUUUUGGUGUCAUAGAGCAUGUCAAGAUGCUGGUGGCCUACCUCAGAUGCUUUCCCAACAUUGAGACGCUGCACAUCGAGUCUUUAACUGAACCCACUGGAAGGAACCAUGCCAAGUUCUGGCACGAGCUCUCUACUAUUGAAUGCAUCAAGUCCCACGUCAAGAAGAUGGUUAUCCAUGAAUACAGAGGGAACAAAGUUGAACUUGAAUUCCUUAAGUUCAUCUCCACGAGCGCGCAAGAGCUCCAAGCUUUGUAUGUUCUGCUGAACAGAGAGAGUCUUACUUCGGUGGCCAAGGCGGAUAAGAUGACAAGCAAACUGGUGGCUCUCUCGGGUGUACCAUGGAGCUGUGAUUGUAAGAUGAUGGUGCUAGGCCCUAAAUUUCAGAAUGACUGGAGCAUCCAGAAAGCAUCUGAUCUUACCGUCGACGACCCUUUCCAUUGGUGA